AUGAGCCGCGGCAAGGAUGUCUCCGUCCCUCCCCAGUCAUCUAACCUUCCUUCCUUGAUUUUCAUUGACCACGAUGCCGAUGUCCGUCCCUGGAAGGGGGUGCCGACUCCCGACGACGACGUCCCACUCGAUACAGAUUCAGCCAUGCCGGGCUCCUCAGUCACUCCCCGCCAUCCCUUACCGGGGCCGAACUCCAGAUUCCCUCCCCGCCAUCCGGGGUCGAACAGAUUCCCUCCCGGUCAUCCGAUGAAUCCCAAUCCGGUAGAGUGGAACUCCCGCAACCCCUCAUCCCAAGCCUCAGGUUGUUUCUCCUUGAUUAGCUCCUUGUCGUCCAAGCUCCACUUUGAUCUACCUUCGAGUAUCUGCAGCGGCGGCGUCCCCGCCUACAGCCGCACCAUAUAUGGGCCGAGAGAAGUUCGGGACAAUUUCCACCGUAACCUAAAGGAAGAUGAGUUUAAGCGAGUUCUUGCCAAGAUCGAGAUGAUCUACCGCGAGGUGGAGCUUGACAGAGACAAACUGGAGAGCGGCUACUGCUGUUGCUUGGGCCUUCUGAAUCCCAAAGCAAACAUCCUCGUCAACAGCUCUAUUUUCUGCAGCAAUGCUUCAUCGUCGCCGGCCAGUAAGGGAGGAGACAUGGCCCAGCGGUCGCUAGACGGCCUCAUCACCUUCCUAACUUGCCUCUUCCCGUACCUCCCGGUCGCGGAGGCCUUGGCGUACCUUGACGCUGUCGACGCCGACCCCCUUGCCGCCGCCGCCGCCCUCAUCAUCGCCAGACGUGGACGGAACUACUGCUGGAUGGACCCUACCAUUGCCGCCGCUACCAUGGCGAUGGCCCUCAAAUGCGGAGCAGUUGCCGCCCAGCAUCCAGACCCAUCCCUACUAGUGAAAGGAUGGACGAGUCUUUCACAUUACCUGCAUCAGAUCGCCCGUCCUCUGUCAGUCCCCCGUCCUGACUUCAUUACUGGGAGUUUCGUACUCCGCAGCCUUCAAAAUGAAUAUUGCAAUCUUGAGGUCCAAGCUGUGUGGGAACUUGCAGAUGACAGGCUUCGUGCAAAGCUUAAGUUUUCUGGUGGUGGCUUACGCUUACCCACAGGGUUUCCUCCUGUCCGCGCAGCCAUGAAGCGCAUGCUCCUUGCGAAAAUCCAUGGAUUCUACCUGAAAGCACUGUGCAGUCUCCCCAAGGAUGAGCUGACCGGGAGGUAUCACCGUGCCUUGGUCAUGGGUGGCUACUGCUAUGGUCCGCUGCAGCCUGCUGCCAACAUCAUCGUCAACAUGAUAUGGUAUGAGCAAACCUUCCCAACAACAACCAAAGGAUUGAAGACGAUAACCAUGAUCAGCACCGGAUUCCUGGGGCAAGUUGCAGCUCGGUCACUCUAUGGCCUCGUAUCCUUCUUGUGCACCCGCUACCCGAGCCUCACACCUGACCAUGCCAUGAAACGCCUGCUGGUGGCGGAGGCCAGCUUGCAAGUUGCUGAUCCCAACCUUUUUGAUACGCCUAGCAGCUUGAAGAUGGACUGGUCUUCGUGUCCACAAAUUGAACCAGGCAAAGACACUGAUGUUCCCAUACAGAUGAAAGCAGUUAGGAAGGCCUUUGCCAGUGUCAAAGAAGCAUAUACUGCUGCAGCCACUGCAGCUUACCACCCCAGUCCACCUGCGCAGAAAGUGUUUCUUGGAUCACCGGAUUCUGUGGAAAAACUCAAGCAUGCCUCAGAUAAGUUUCGUCUGGAUGAUGGUCACCAACUCUUGAAUGAAGAAUUUGGUCUGCUCUUCAUGUCCUUACAAAGGUGCCUAUCCUCUGUUGGCACGUUGGACCAUCAACAGGAACCUGAACCUACAGUGGAAUCCCAGUAUAGCCUUCAUGUUAUCUGUGGUGUUAAUGAGCUUGUAUCUGGGCCAAAGUUUUGCAGCCACUUUCUGUCGCUUCUUCCUUUCAAAUAUCAGUAUUCCCAUAUCAACUUUGUGGCGACUCUGGAUGCUCAACCUCCAAAGCUCUUCUUUGCUGAAUGUAACCUUGAUGAUCAUAAUGAUACUUGGUGUGUCCCUGUGGAUUGGUCACGCCCAGUUGGUGGUAUGCUCUAG